AUGAGAAGCGUAUGCAGUUCUACGAGGAGGUGCGUGCGGGAGCAACACGCGCGUAACAAAGGUUUCGAUAUUUUUCAAGGACAAUUUCAAUGUUUUUUUUUGUUAUUCAUACACUUUGAAAUCGUUUCCAUUCGUUUGACUCAGUUUUCUUUCCUUGAUGAAAAUUUAGUACAUUAAAAAGCUCGAAAAAUAACAAGGGCGGAAAGGCGCGCACGCGAGUUGCAUUUUUUUGCUCCGCCCAUGCAACCCUGCCUUAACAGCUUUCAAGCCAAAAAUAGUUCUCAAAAAUGCUCUUUUUUAUCAUUAUUUCCUUUUUUUUUUUUCGAUUCUUCUAGUUUUUUUGGAAACUGAUCAUAUUUUCAUUUAUAAAACCCAAUAACGCCCGUUUGAAUCUUGAAAUUACACCAAUUCAUGUCGUCAAAAGGUAGGAAAGAUGAGUUUCUUUUGAAACGAUGGAUAUGAAGGUAACCAAUAAGCAAUAAAAGUUUUACUAAAUCAUUUUUGGAACCACAUAGUUCGUGUAGGAGAGCUUCCGGGAGCGACGAGACAUGCGGAGGCCGGAGACGAGGUCGAGCAAACACACUUCUCCGGAUUCUUCGUCUCGGACAGUCAGAUGUCCGUCCACAACUUGAUGCUACGUCACUUGUUCCUUUUCUUUCUUGCAACUUUUCCUCAUCCCAGUACUUCUCACGCCAUUCCAGUCUACGAGUAUUUGAGAGGUACGAAAAUUUGAGAAAGUACGAAAAAAUUACUUCAAACUGCCACAAAAAGAUAGCUGCUACGGUCAAAGGACGACGAAAAAAAUUGUAGCUAAUUGUGAAAAAAUGCUUUUAAUAAAGUUUUCCUGGAAAAUCUUUUCAAAAUGUGUCGAUAAAGCUGAAAAACGGUUUUAAGCCCCUCGAGUCCUCUAACCUGGAGCCACUUACCAAAAAGUUCUGUAGUUGGACUUUAUAGAGUACACUCAAAGGAGUUAUGUAUUCAAAUCAUGAUUACAGGACUGUGUCCAGCUCCCAUGAUUCCGUUGACGAAUAAGCGCACCGUGAGGACGUGUAGCAACGCUGAAUGUCCUGCGGGAUCGACUUGUUCCCAGGGAAUCUGUUGUAUCGAGCCGCCCAUGUGUCGCCAUCCUGUGUACAGGUCCGUCACAGUGCACCCACCCCAUUUGAAAGUCGUCGUGCAGAAGCAGCACUGGCCAUCCUUGUCUUCCCAACAUCAAACACAAUUGUCCCAACUUCUCAGUUUGCGUCCCAAGUUCAAUCGAUGGGAUGAAUGUUUGCUGUUCAAGCAAAACCGAGAAGUGAGUUUUUCAAAUGUUUAGAAGCUGGCGAAACGUGGAAAUUUUUAAGAACUUUGCCUUCAAAGCCAAAAGGAAGAUCCUCUUUGGCCAAAGAAAACGUGUGCCCAGGUAGGUUCAAUGAUUUUGAAUUUCACCGUCGAACCUAGGGAAUUUUCAACAUGAUAUUCCAAAUUUCGAUUUAAAAAAUGUUACAUGUUAAAUUUCGAAAAUAUGAAAUUUCUUAUACUCCGGUUUUUAAAAACUUUUAGGCUUUUUUAUUCAUACUGUAGAAAAAGAAUUUCGUAAAAUACAAUGAUUCUGAAGUUUUUCCCUUGCUUGCAAUUUUUUUCUUUUAGCAUGUUUGAGAUAUUUCUUGUCGGAAAAAUUUUCAAUUUUUUUCAGCCUCUCAUCCGGUGGUGGCCAACGAUGGAACCAAACUCGUCUUGUGCGCUGAUUGCAAAAAAGGGUUUGUUAUUCCGAAGUGGACAAAGAAGAAGUCGCUUCAGAGUUUGCGCGCACUUCCGCGGGUCCAACGUCGAUGUGUGCUGUCAGUCGCACGAGCAAGUCUGCGGGGUCGGGAGCACUGUCCAGAUGGACGGCGCCAUGCCGAGGGACUGCUCCAAGAGACCUUGUGGCCCAGGGUUCCGAUCAGCGUCGCCUCAUACAAGUGAACUGAAAUCUUCCAGCUACGAAUGCUCGUUGACGUCCAUCGGAACUAGAACCUGUUGCUCCUUGGCGACUUGUCCCAACGGCCGAAGAGCUCGAGCAGUUUGUGCCGCUGGGUGCAGAAGAGACGAGAAGUGCGAGCGCGUACAAGGCCAACUGUUAGUCGGGCACUUUCUCUCAUUUUCAAAAUUCUUGCAGGUGGUGCUGCCCUCAGGAAGAACGCCAACUGCGAUGCCCUCGUGGCGGGAUAAGGUAGGCUACAAAAGUACUACUAUCAAGAUUUCAGCAAAAUCGUAAUCAAAUUUUUCUUGAUAAAAACGAGCUAUUUUUUGUCCUAUCCUGUUAUCCUAGGGAAAUUUUAUUCGCUUGAUUCGAAGAGUGGGAAGUUCUUCAAUAUAUUUAUUUAUGGAUUGUGUGAACGCUUCAUGAGGAGUCCAAAUUGAAAAGUUCUCUCCAAUUGCAGUACUGGCGAAAAUUGUUUGCCGAACAGUAGCCUCUGUCCGUUUGGAACGACAUGCGAAGAGAGUGUUGGCGGAGAGUCUCAUCUCUGCUGCCGGCCUGCGACUUCGACUCCGGCGCCUUUUGUGCUCACCUUCCCGCCCCCAUCAACGCAAACUCUGAAAAGGAAGUCUGAGCUUCAAUCUUUGCUCGAAACUGCUCAGAGCACUCGACCUCCGUUGUCAGUUCAAAUAGCAGAUUCUGAGUUCUAUUGCCUUUUUUCUUACAGUAGCAUUUACUGUAGAGAUGGAGCCUUGCCGCUGCUGCUCGAUGGCUCCAUUGUGACGUGUCCGGAGGUAGAUCAGCCAUGUCCGAAGGUGAGCCUUUAGAAGAGUUUCGACAGAAAAUCUCUCUCCAGGCGGGCUUCACUUGUCAAGAAUCAGAGAACGAAGAUGAUUUUUUGUGUUGUCCAGUCGAAGAAGGACCCACAGAAGAGCGCUCGAGACCCUCCACAGGUGGAAUUGAAGUCUGAAUGAAUGGAAAGCUGUUUUUCAGAUCGAACAGCUGAAACGAUAAAACCAAAGUCACACAAAAUGCCCACCUGUCCUUUUUCGUACUCAGAAACGAAAAAUGAUUUGAAUAACGAUAUCAAGACUUGCCUUGGAUUGUUCACUUUUGAGUAAGUCUGAAAGACUCAAAAAAUCGAAUUUUUUUUUGUUUUAGUUGCCCUUUCGGCUACACCUGUCUGCCUUCAUCAACCACCGACAGCUAUUUGUGCUGCAUGAAAAAGCCUCUUUGA